AUGAUGAACGUUCGCCCCCGCUCGCCACUUUGCCCGAGCUCGCGCGAUUCCUUCGGUCGCGCGCGGCCGAAGCGCCCGUCCGUGGUGUGCAGCGGCGGAACGAUGCCGCUGCUCGCCUCGGGCUUGGAGCGCGCGGCGCAGGCGCUCCGUGCGCAGCGCCUGGCGAGGGCAGCACCCGCGGUGACGGCGGGAAGUUGGUGCCCUUUUGACAGGACAUACCUCCCCUCGGAGGGGAUCGCGGGGCCCGACAUGGCCGCGGACGUGGAGCUCAUUGAACAUGCAGGCGGAGGAGCUGCGAGCCAUGCGGUGGGCUCGGAUCUGCUGACCGGGGUCAUCACCGGCGCGGUGAGUUCCCUCGUGUCCCCGGAGAUGAGGUUACUGGAGCUUCAAGCUGGAGGUUUCGUGGCAGCGGUGUCCCAGUGCGCCAUCUUCGGCCUGGGCGCCUACCUCGCUGCGGGCCCCUGCCGCGGACUCUCCGAGGCCUUCAACGCCGCUGCGGAGAGCGUGCCGCUGCUCUCAGGGCGGAGCCUCCUGUCAAGGGCCUUCCAACUGGUGGUGGGCGACCAGG